UCACUGUGGUGUCGUGCCUGUUCAGUAGAUUUUGCUUUUUUGUCGCCAAAGUGGAUGAAAUGCUCGUUUUUUGUUGUUGCAUAGAUUCUCAUCAGGGGUCUCACUCCAGGAUUUUCUUAGACGCGGAUAUCAUUGCAGAAUUACGACAUCCAUGCUGUUUGAAUUGCCGCAAAUGUCUCCAAUAAGCGUUUGUACCUUUUGUUGCCGAACAGUUGAGCGCACAUUUUCCACCAUAACGGCUUUAAUAUCGUAAUGUUUAUCAAAUUCGUUGUAUUUCUUGUAUUUUGCAUUUUAACGCCCUUCUUUAUUCGCAGGAAUGGCAAUAUACCCCGGUAUUUUUGCUUUUAGUCGCUCAAAAUAUGUUGUAUGUCACAAACAUGUCUUGAAAAAGGCUUUGGUCUCUGUCCGAUCAAAUUACACCGGAGAUCAUUUUUACACCAUCUUUAAAACUCAUGCAAUUUCUUUCUAUACUGUCAAAAAAAGUCUUUAAAACGAAUCAUUUUCUGCUGAUCAAGGUCGUGAAUUUGUCAAUAUGCAAUAAACGACACGCGACACACCUCCAAAUGAAUUCGCAUAGAAAUGGGUUGCAGCAGCGAUCAAGAACGCAUGGAUACCAGCGUGGUGCACAUCCACCGAGGAGGAGGGCCCGAGGGCAUGUGUCCCUGGGACGGGGAGGGAGAGCCGGCGGCUGGGGGGUGCACCUGGGCGACUUCCGCCGCCUCCUCCUUGUCCUUGGACGCCUUAAACGGGACGUGGGAGGGGGAAGCCGACGACACCGAGCCUAUGUCGCCCAUUCACCCGGUCAUCGUGGCCGUGUACUCGCUAGUGUUCGUGGUGGGCCUGGUGGGCAACUGCCUCGUCAUGUACGUCAUCAUCAGGUACACAAAGAUGAAGACAGCCACCAACAUCUACAUCCUGAACCUAGCGGUGGCGGACGCACUGGUGACCACCACCAUACCCUUCCAGAGCACCGAUUUCCUGCUCAGCUCGUGGCCUUUUGGUGAGGUGGCGUGCAAGGUGUUCAUCUCAAUUGACUACUACAACAUGUUCACCAGCAUCUUCACGCUCACCAUGAUGAGCGUGGACCGUUACGUGGCCGUGUGCCACCCUGUCAAGGCCCUCGACUUCCGCACACCUGUCAAAGCCAAAGUCAUCAAUGUGCUCAUCUGGGUGCUGUCGUCCACCGCCGGCAUGCCUGCUAUGAUUCUGGGUGGCACCAAGACCAACAAUGGGACAACAGAAUGCGCUCUCCAGUUCCCCGAGCCGUACAUUUACUGGGACACGCUGAUGAAGAUCUGCGUGUUCAUCUUUGCCUUUGUGGUGCCCGUCGUCAUCAUCAGCGUGUGCUACACGCUGAUGAUCCUACGCCUCAAGAGCGUCCGCCUGUUGUCCGGCUCACGCGAGAAGGACCGCAACUUGCGGCGUAUCGCCCGCCUGGUUCUGGUGGUGGUGGCUGUCUUUGUGGUGUGCUGGACCCCCAUCCACAUUUUCAUCCUGGUCAAGGCCCUGUCGCCACACGUGCCCGAGACCACGCCCGUCAUGGCCGCUUACUUCUUCUGCGUAGCGCUGGGCUACACCAACAGCAGUCUCAACCCCAUCCUCUACGCAUUCCUGGACGAGAACUUCAAGAGAUGCUUCCGAGACUUUUGCUGCCCCGGCUCCCGGAGGGAUUGCCAGGGGGUGAGCCGGGUCAGGAGCACUCUGAGGGACCACUCGUGUCCCCCGGGCAACCGCGGAGACCCCAGGCAGCCCAGGCCAGUAUGACUAGCCGUGGACAGGUCCUCUGUGCUGGGACUCGAGGACUCCAACGAAUUGUGCUUGACGCAAGUCACCACCGCUGUCUGAAGGUCAAGGUCAUCUUCAUUGUCAAAUAUGCUUACGUACGACAUGCAGCAUAAAUGACAUUUCUGAACCUCAUCCUGGGGGUCCACAACCUGUGUAGGCACAUUGUGGUCUGCUUGUGAUGUCACCAUGGUGGUCCACUACCGGUGAUGUCACCAGUGGUCCACUUGUG